AGCUUCACCAUUUUAGUGCCAAAGGUUAAAGGUAGCUGGAAGUGUUUUAAUCUGAAGUCAGAAGCUAGUAACUGGCUAGCUACUUACAUGCAGUUGGCGGACACGUUACGAUAGUAUAACAUAUGUAGUCCACGCGAAUUACGCAAAGUCGUUAAACUAAAGGUUUGACAGCAAAGAUCGGAUUUCACAGGCUAACAUUAGGAUUCGGUCGUGGUGAUUGUUACUAAGCUAAUAUUUCGUAGGUGUUAGCCUGCUAGCUCUAGCGAGUACAGAUGCUAGCUAACUAGUUAAACAAGCUGGCUAAAGUAAACCACACAAGUUGACAAGCUAACAACUCGAGUGGAUGAGGCAAGUGAACUCCUGCAACAUUAAUUCAAUUGGUGGGUUAACUUUUUCCUCAGUCGCGAUAUUUCGUUUAACGUAAAACGUUAAACGAUAUAGAGACACUUUCGGGUAAGCCAUCAUACCAGCACCGUUUCCUGUUGGCAUGCUAGCCAAACAGGUCGGACAGGCUAACUUGAACUAGCUGAUGUUUACUGAUCAACGUUAGCUUUGGUCGAGCGACUUUUAACCUGCAAAGAUGUUACCUCGCCUCAACAGAAAAUCGGUGGACCAGUGAGUUUUCACUUGCAUUAUUGAUCUUGAUUGUACAUUUUAAUGGGAGGCGAGCUGCUUUGCGGUGCAACCCGUGGGCGAUACUUGUGGAAACGAAGGAAGUGCCACUGUCCUGAAUGGAGUCACUGUCCGGGUAUGUUUACAAAGCGGCUAGCGAGGGCAGAGUCUUGACAUUAGCCGCACUUCUGCUCAACCACUCCGAGUCCGAAACGCGAUACUUGCUCAACUAUGUAACUCACCUUGGCGGCCAGCGGUCCACCCCUCUCAUUAUAGCUGCUCGCAACGGCCAUGAAAAAGUUGUGCGGUUUCUUCUGGACCACUACAGAGUGGACACGGAACAGACGGGCACUGUGAGAUUUGAUGGGUACGUGAUUGAUGGAGCGACAGCUCUGUGGUGUGCUGCGGGGGCGGGUCACUUUGAGGUGGUGCAGCUGCUGGUGUCCCACAAUGCCAACGUCAACCACACCACCGUCACCAACUCCACCCCCCUGCGAGCCGCCUGCUUCGACGGCCGCCUGGACAUCGUGCGCUACCUGGUGGAGCACCUGGCCGACAUCAGCAUCGCCAACAAGUACGACAACACCUGCCUGAUGAUCGCCGCCUACAAGGGCCACUCGGACGUGGUCGGCUUCCUGCUGGAGCGAGGGGCCAGCCCCAACGCCAAGGCCCACUGUGGCGCCACCGCGCUGCACUUUGCCGCCGAGGCCGGGCACCUGGACAUCGUGACGGCGCUGGUGCGGCAGCACGCCUCCAUGGUGCUGAACGGGCACGGCAUGACGCCGCUCAAGGUGGCGGCCGAGAGCUGCAAGGCGGACGUGGUGGAGCUGCUGCUGCAGCACACGGACUGCGACGCCGAGAGCCGCAUCGAGGCGCUGGAGCUGCUGGGGGCGUCCUUCGCCAACGACCGCGAGUACUACGACAUCCUGAAGACCUACCACUACCUGUACCUGGCCAUGCUGGAGCGCCAGCGCGACCCCCUGCGCCCCGUGGCCAAGCCCCAGGUGCCGCCUGUGCCAGCCUACGGCGGACGGCGCGAGUGCCAGAGCCUGGCGGAGCUGGAGGGCAUCCGGUUGGACCACGACGCGCUGCACAUGGAGGGGCUGAAGGUGCGCGAGCGCAUCCUGGGCUCCGAGAACAUCGACGUGUCGCACCCCAUCAUCUACCGCGGCGCCGUCUACGCCGACAACAUGGAGUUCGACCGCUGCAUCAAGCUGUGGCUGCACGCGCUCCACCUGCGCCAGAGGACCAGCCGGAGCACACACAAGGACCUGCUGCGCUUCGCCCAGGUCUUCUCCCAGAUGGUGCACCUCAAGGAGACGGUGGGUCCGGGCGACGUGGAGCAGGUUCUAAGCUGCAGCGUUCUAGAGAUCCAGCGGAGCAUGGCCCGCACGGAGAACACGCCGGAACCGGAACUGCCCGCCGCCACCGACAACCUGGAGUCCAACAUCUUCACCUUCCUGUACCUGCUGUGCAUCUCCACACACACGCAGUGCAGCGCCGCGCAGCGCGCCGCCAUCAACACACACGUGUACCAGCUGCUGCAGCUGGACCCCCGCGCCCGCCACGGCUCCUCCCUCCUGCACCUGGCCAUCAGCUCCAGCACACCUGUCGACGACUUCCACACCAACGACGUGUGCAGCUUCCCCAACGCACAGGUGACCAGGCUGCUGCUGGACUGUGGGGCGCAGGUCAACGCCGUGGACAACGAGGGCAACAGCCCGCUGCACAUCAUCGUGCAGUACAACCGGCCAAUCAGCGACUUCCUGACGCUGCACGCCAUCAUCAUCAGCCUGGUGGAGGCGGGCGCGCACACGGACAUGACCAACAAGCAGCAGAAGACGCCGCUGGACAAGAGCACCACGGGCGUGUCCGAGAUCCUGCUCAAGACGCAGAUGAAGAUGAGCCUCAAGUGCCUGGCCGCCCGCGCCGUGCGCCAACACCACAUCACCUACCGCAACCAGAUCCCGCGCACCCUCGAGGAGUUCGUGGAGUUCCACUGAAGAUCCCGCGCACCCUCCAGGAGUUCGUGGAGUUCCACUGAAGAUCCCGCGCACCCUCCAGGAGUUCGUGGAGUUCCACUGAAGAUCCCGCGCACCCUUGAGGAGUUCCACUGAAGAUCCCGCGCACCAGUGACCGUUUCGUACGAGAGUGCGUUGCUCUGGAGUUCCUUUGCCACACAGCUGACAGUAGUUUUGUAUGAGCCCACACUCUACUAAACCCUUUAGUGUUGUAUGAGCCCACACUCUACUAAACCCUGUGGUGCUGAACAGGCUGUGUCCUGGGGAAUGCACACACCUGGCUCGUGUGUUAGGGACUCUCUGUGUGUGUGUGUGUGUGUGUGUGUGUGUGUGUGUGUGUGUGUGUGACUACACUUGUUCUAAAGGACUGAGUCAGGUGGGUCUGUGUGUAUGAGUGUGAGGACCAUGCCAGGUGCAUUCUCCUGUGUGUGUGUGUGUGUGUGUGAUAGAGGGCCUGUGCUAGGUGAAAUGUGUGUAUUGGCAGCUCUCUCCGUUCCCACCCAGAUGAAUGUGUUCUGCCUGGAAGCCGUUUGCACACUUCGUCCUGGGCUACUGGUGUGUCCUGCCACAGUGUGUGUGUGUGUGUGUGUGUGUGUGUGUGUGAGGUGUGUCCUGCCACAGGUGUGUGUGUGUGUGUGUGUGUGUGAGAGGUGUGUCCUGCCACAGGUGUGUGUGUGUGUGUGUGAGAGGUGUGUCCUGCCACAGGUGUGUGUGUCUGUGUGUGUGUGUGAGGUGUGUCGUGCCAGGUCAUGUCACCACCAGCGCUGUCUGAGCCCUGACCCCCAGAUGACCCCCAGCACACCUCCAGCCUGCUCAGGCUACUCUUAUCUUUUAACAAUUGGUUUUAUGAUUAUCUUUUGGUAUAUUUGAAAUGCAUACUUUGAAUAUUUUGUUUUAAAAAAUGUUUAUUAAAUUAUAGAUUUAUCAGAAAAUCAACUAUUGGACAAAAGAAAUCCAACUUGAGGUGCCAUGGAGUGCUUGCAGAAGGUCCUCUCCUCCCCUCCUCCUUUGGUGAUCGUGUGUGUGUGUGCGUGUGCGUGCGUGUGUGUGAGUGUGCAUGAGUGUGACGGCAUCCUCCACGCUGCUCAAGAGGGAGGACACAUUAGAGUGUGUCCAUGUUCUUGUGAAAGAUCAGGAAGACCGAGUGUGAGUGUGUGUUGAGCGUUGCUUUGAAUGUGGAAGCUUCCUUUCCCCCCUCUUCACCAGCCAAGGUGUCCCUGUUGCUUGAGAUUGUACCGCCUGAAUGUCACCCCAAGCUGGAGCAGAGGUCUGCUUCCACACUCACAUGGAAUACAACUCCAGACGGAACAGCAGUGCGUUCUUUGCAAUACAACUCCAGGCGGAACAGCAAUGUGUUCUAUUUAUUGCUAACUUUUUGGGUUGGUUUGCCCGGACUUUAUUCCUUUCUUUUGUUUUUUUUAUUGUUAUUAUCUUGGGGACCUUGUAAUUAACAGUCACAUCUAAGAUGCUAUGAAUGAGAGAUUUGAAUUUAAAGGUGACAACCAACAGACUGACUUUCUUUAUGUAUCUAAUCCUUACAUGGCCAAACUCCACCAGUGUUCAGGUUGUCAUGGAGAGACUUGCACAUUGGUUUGUGCUCUGCUCCAGAGACGGAUUGUCACACUACAGCUGUUUGUUUUCUUAAUAAAUGAGACCUCAUCA